AAGCUCUGAUCUCUCUCUCUCUCUCUCUCUCUCUCUCUCUCAAACCCAACAGAGCAGAAACUAGAGUGAGAUCAGAAUGGAGAAGAAGAUGGUUGGGAAGAGGUUUGGUGUGUUGCUGUGUGCAGAGGAUUCAGAGUAUGUGAGGAAGAUGUACGGAGGGUAUUUUGGGGUGUUCGUGAGAAUGCUUGCAGAGGAAGGGGACACUUGGGAUGAGUUCAAGGUGACGUGUGGAGUGUUCCCUGAGGAUGAAGAUUUGGAAUUCUAUGAUGGCUUCGUGGUCACUGGUAGUUGCAGUGACGCUUAUGGAAACGACAAAUGGGUCCGUGACCUUCUCACCUUGAUUAACAAAUUGGACUCCAUGAACAAAAAAAUCCUCGGCAUUUGCUUCGGCCACCAGAUACUUGGCCGUGCAUUGGGAGGGAAGGUGACUCGUUCUCCCACUGGUUGGGACAUUGGUGCCAGAACCAUAACAUUGUCAUCAUCGUUGUCUUUGGCUUUGUCUUCUAUCAAUCUUCCAUCUAGGAUUUCCAUUAUCGAAUGCCACAGGGAUGAGAUACAAGAGCUACCUGCCAAGGCAGAGGUGCUAGCUUGGUCAGAUAAGACUGGAAUUGAGAUGUUCAGAUAUGGAGAUCACAUUAUGGGAAUCCAAGGCCACCCUGAAUACUCCAAAGACAUUCUUUUGCACCUUAUAGACCGUCUUAUUCAGCGAGAUUUCAUCAUGGAAGCUUUUGCUCUGGAAUCAAGGGAGAAGGCUGCACUAUGGGAGCCAGAUAAAGAGGCAUGGAAGAGACUCUGCAUCAGCUUUCUCAAGGGUCAAUUGUGACAAAAAAUAAAUGGAAGGGAGAAGUUUUGUAAAGAAGUGAUACUUUGAAGUAGUGACCAUUGUAAAAGGGCUUAUAGAAAGAUCAAUAGGGCAAUGAAAUCUACUUCCACUAAUUUGGGAGCAAUGCACACAGCUCUGCAUUGGUAGCAAGUCAGCUGUAUUAGGUUGGCAGCCAUUAGUUAUAAUAGUGCUGUCUAUUCUACCAAAAUUAAGAAUUAAUUAUCAAUGGUCAAAUCACAA